AAGAAGAAGAAGAAGAAGAAGAAGAAGAAGAAGGCGCAAGAACGUGACGUAGUUGUAGUUCUCGACUGUGUCUCGCGACAGAAUAUCUGGGCUCUCUCUGUAACGGCUGGUCAGGCUGCGGGGCUCGAUGGUAGUCCGCUGAAUACAUGAUUUCAAUCGAUUAAGCCCGACUUGUAGCCGCAAAGGAGGGCAACGCCGGCCGUUGAAAGGGCUUUUUAGGUUUUAUGUUCCUUAGUUAGCCUUCAAAGUAGCACAACCAUGGGCGUAGAAGUCGAGACCAUAUCUCCCGGUGAUGGGCGAACAUUUCCAAAGAAAGGCCAAACAUGUGUUGUUCAUUACAUAGGUAUGUUGCAGAACGGGAAAAAGUUUGACUCCUCUCGAGACAGGAACAAACCUUUUAAGUUCAAGAUUGGAAGGAUGGAGGUUAUAAAAGGCUGGGAGGAAGGAGUAGCACAGAUGAGCCUCGGCCAGAGGGCGAAACUCACCUGCACACCAGACAUGGCUUACGGAGCGACAGGCCACCCCGGCGUCAUCCCGCCAAACGCCACGCUUAUUUUUGACGUGGAGCUGCUCAAGCUGGAGUGACGGCCGCUUUACGACACAGGGGUCGAAGGUCGACUGGAGGUUGGGGGUGGGGGGCCGCAUUCGCCACGACCUGUUCUUACAGGAGACCAUACCUGCUUGCUGCCUGCCACGACCUCCCGCCUGCUUCUCCUCUUUGUUUUGAUUUAUACAUCUUCUUCUUUUCAGUAUUUAAAUGUAACUUCUGCUGCUUCACUGGCAUCUCGUCAUUAUAGAUUCUGUUCAGAGAUAUCCAUGUCCUGCUCUACUUUUACUCUUAUGUUUUAGAUUCGUGCUUUUUUUAAAAAAAAAAAAAGUUUCCAUCUAAUGUUAGUUCUGUCUGAACAAUAUUUCAGCGGAUAAAAAUCCACAAACUAUUGCAAUCUAAACUGCCUUACAGUUCACACAACAGAGGACGGGUACACAUGUUCAAGAUCCCACAUUUCUGCUCCGUACAAUCCUGGGCAUUAUAUACCACUGUCUGCAUAGACACUUUGAUAAAGGCUUGUCCUGCUGAGUCCUCUGAAUGAUGUUGCUGUUCAGUUUGUUUUAUAACCUAUCUGUACAUUUAAUGCAAGUGUACCCUAUCAGGUGCAACCCAAUGCUGUACAGUGUUGUCGAAGAGCCAUUACCGCUGCAACAGUUUCCUGACAAAGUCCUGAAUAAAAUUUGGCAUGUACUGUA